UACGAAAGUUCUUAAUUAAACUAGCUUUACUUGGGUGUGACCCCGAGAAGGAGGCCAAAGGUCAGAAUCCACAUUGAAGGGAAAACGUUUGGAAGCGAUCGUCAAACCUCUCGGCUCUCCUGCUCACGACUACCAUGGCUGCCAACACAGGGAAACUUGCCGGAAAGACCCUCUUUAUAACUGGUGCAAGUCGAGGAAUUGGCAAAUACAUUGCUAUGAAAGCUGCCCGUGAUGGUGCCAAUGUUGUUAUUGCUGCCAAAACUGCUGAUCCACAUCCAAAACUGCCAGGAACAAUCUAUACUGCAGCAAAAGAAGUUGAGGAAGCUGGCGGUAAAAGUCUGCCAUGUAUUGUUGAUAUCCGUUACGAAGACCAAGUGCAGAAAGCUGUGGAUGAAACUGUGAAGAAAUUUGGAGGCAUUGAUAUCCUUGUAAACAAUGCCAGUGCCAUUAGCCUUACUGGAACUCAGCAAACACCAAUGAAGAAAUUUGACCUGAUGAUGGGCGUCAAUGCCAGAGGAACGUACCUUUGCUCCAAGGUUUGUAUCCCUUACUUGAUGAAGUCGGAAAACCCUCACAUCUUGAAUCUUAGCCCUCCACUAAACAUGAACCCGAAAUGGUUUACCAAUCAUGUGGCAUACACCAUGGCCAAAUAUGGUAUGUCUAUGUGUGUUCUGGGAAUGUCUGGUGAACUACAGUCUCAUGGAAUUGCUGUGAAUGCCUUAUGGCCCAGAACUGCAAUCUACACAGCUGCUAUGAAGAUGUUGGGAGGUGGAGAUGAUAUUGCCAAAAGCUGCAGGAAACCAGAGAUUAUGGCUGAUGCUGCGUAUGUUAUAUUGAACAAGGACAGUAAAACCUUCACUGGACACUUCUGCAUUGAUGACACAAUCUUGAAAGAAGCAGGAGUAACAGACCUUGAACAAUACUCUUGUGUCCCAGGUAGUACAUUCCUUCCUGAUUUCUUCUUGGAUGUUGACCCUGACUCAGUGGAGGCCUCGUCUGGUGAUGAAACCCAGCCUCCCAAACCAUCAGUUGAUGGUGAGGGUUUAACUGUCAGAACUUUUCAGUCAAUCGAGAAAAUACUGAAUGAAGAUGUUGUGAAAUCAGUCGGGGGAGUGUUUGCUUUCCAUUUGACAGGUGAUGAUGCUGGUGAAUGGUUUGUGGACAUGGCUUCAGGAGGUGGUUCAGUUGGUAAGGGAGUUCCGCCCAGUGGCAAAGCAGAUGUCACUAUGACCAUGAAGGACACAGACUUUGUGAAGAUGUUCUCUGGUCAGAUGAAGCCUACCAUGGCUCUCAUGACAGGAAAGUUAAAAAUUAAAGGGGACAUGCCCCUAGCCAUAAAGUUGGAAAAGCUCAUGGGUCAAAUGACAGCCAAGUUAUAACAUUCCUGAGUCUGUAAAAAGUGCAACAUCCGACAUGCAACUCGAGAAUUCCAUUGAGGCCCAGCAACAAUCUCUUUGAAGAAUAAUUACAGAGAAAAGUGUUUGAUAUUACAUGUUCGAGACUAUAUACUUCUACAGCAAAUGCAGAGAAAAAGACCCAAGUAGAAAGUGAAAUGCAAAAUAGAUGAA